GUUGAAACAAGAGAAGAUGAGGAACAAAACAUAAAGUUGACUGAAAUUUUGGAACUGUUGGUGGCUGCUGGGUAUUUUCGAGCAAGAAUCAAAGGAUUAUCACCCUUUGACAAAGUGGUAGGCGGCAUGACGUGGUGUAUCACUACUUGCAGCUUUGAUAUCGAUGUUGAUUUAUUGUUUCAGGAAAACUCUACUAUUGGUCAAAAAAUUGCCUUAACUGAAAAAAUUGUGUCAGUAUUACCAAAAAUGAAGUGUCCUCAUCGUUUGGAACCACAUCAGAUCCAGGGACUGGAUUUCAUUCAUAUAUUUCCUGUUGUACAGUGGCUGGUAAAACGUGCAAUAGAAACAAGGGAAGAAAUGGGAGACUAUAUCCGUUCUUACUCUAUAUCACAGUUUCAAAAAACUCAUAGACUACCGGAGGAUGAUGAAUUUAUGCAAAGAAAAGAGAAGGCUAUCAAAACUGUUACUGAUAUCUUUGAGGUUUACAAACCCCAGAGAAAAUAUAAACGUCAGAAAGGAGCUGAAGAACUGCUAGAUGAAGAAUCAAAGGUUCAUGCUACGCUUCUGGAAUAUGGCAGGAGAUAUGGAUUUAGCAGACAAGCAGGGAAAACAGAACAGGCUGAAGAUAAAAAAAUUGCGCUACCUCCAGGGCUUGCAGCAGCAGGAAAAGCUGAGCCUUGUGAUGAAGACGACCUUCAGGCUGCUGAAGAGCUUCGCAUUAGAACUCUGAUGACUGGAAUGGCUGCAAUGGCAACAGAAGAGGGCAAGUUGACAGCAAGCACAGUUGGCCAGAUUGUUGGACUCCAGUCACAUGAGAUCAAGCAAAUAGUGUCGGAAUAUGCUGAGAAGCAAUCUGAGCUUUCUGCUGAGGAGCGACCAGAAAGGCUUGGAGCUGCCCAACAACAUAGAAGGAAGGUGGCAUCUCUGAAUAAGCAGAUUUUGCAAAAAACCAAACUCCUGGAAGAGUUGCAAGCUAAAUGUACUGAUCUGCAGGCAAAAUGUAUGGAAGCAAAAAAGGCAUUAGCUGAGGUUAAGAGUUACAGUGAAAAGCUGGACAAGGAACUGGCAGCCUUAGAAACAAUAGAAUCCCAAGCAGAUUCUAGCAUAUUACAGAGUCUGCGAGCACUGGUGGCCAUGAAUGAAAAUCUAAAAAGCCAGGAGCAGGAGUUCAAAGCACAUUGUAGGGAAGAAAUGGAGAGACUUCAACAAAAUAUUGAGAAUUUGAAAGCUGAGGCAUUGGAAGAUGGGGAGGAACAGGAGCCGAAUAAGAUUAUAGAACAGCAGUACAAAACUGAGAAAGAUAAACUUCAAAAGAUCCGGCUGUUACUGGCACGAAGAAACAGAGAAAUAGCCAUUUUACAGCGCAAGAUUGAUGAAGUACCCAGCCGAGCUGAGCUAACACAGUAUCAGAAGAGAUUUAUUGAACUUUACAGUCAGGUCUCAGCAACUCACAAAGAAACGAAGCAGUUCUUUACUCUGUAUAAUACACUGGAUGAUAAGAAAGUAUAUUUGGAAAAGGAGGUUAACUUACUGAAUUCUAUUCAUGACAACUUUCAUCAAGCAAUGGCAUCUUCUGGUUCUCGUGAGCAGUUUUUACGGCAGAUGGAGCAGAUUGUAGAAGGCAUCAAACAGAAUCGCAUGAAGAUGGAAAAGAAGAAGCAAGAAAACAAAAUGCGAAGAGACCAGUUAAAUGAUGAAUACUUGGAGCUUCUAGAGAAACAGAGGCUUUACUUUAAAACAGUGAAGGAAUUUAAAGAGGAAUGUUUUUUUUAA